AUGCUCUCUUAUCUAGAAUAUCUAGGUAAAAAGGCCGCUAGGUGGCUUGGAUGCGGUCUACCUCCCAAAACCAUCUCCAUAGGAACAAAUACCCCAGUGGGAGAGGAUGAAGAUACAAACGGCUGUUGGGGGAAUGGUAAGCCUGUCAUUCUCAUUAUCCAUGGCGCAUGGCAGCACCCGGCAUACUAUCAGACAUUCGUUCAAGUCCUACAAUCACGAGGGUAUGAAACCCACUGUCCUCGCCUUCCAAGUUGCGGUGGUCAAAUCCCACCCACAAAAUCACUAAAGGACGACGUUGAAUUCAUCCGCAACUUCACGGCAGAACUCGCGGACAGUGGCAGGCUGAUCGACGUCAUUAUGCACUCUUACGGCGGGAUAGUCGGUACUGAUGCACUCUGCGGAUUUGGCAUCGAAGAUAGAGUUAAAAGAGGCGUGAAAGGACAAAGCUUGGUUGGAAUAUUUGAAGGUCAAUCAUUGCCAACCGUCGAGAUCAAUGAAGAGACAAAACUCAUAUCGGCUACCAGUCCAAUUCCCAUGUUCUACAAUGACCUCCCUGACGAGGAAGCAGAAUACUGGGUGAAGCAGAUGGUUGUCCACCCGCAUUCGGCACAGUCAACUCCCGUCGGCAAUGAAGCGUUCAGAGAACUACCAGUCACCUAUAUCAUAUGCGAGAACGAUAAGGGCAUACUACCCGAAGUGCAACAGAUGAUGGUCGAUAAGAUCAAGGCGGUUGGUGUUAAUGUGCGGGUUGAGCGAUGCACCGGAAGUCACAGCCCUUUCCUCAGCAUGCCUCACGGUACGGCCGACAUUAUUGAUAAAAUUGCCAACUCUUAA